UUGCUUCGAAACAUUGCUGAUAUUCACAUUGUGAGACCAGAUAAUAUACCAAGAAAAAUAUUGCAAAAAGACGUUCGAUUUCGUUAACAUAUUACUAAGGCAAAAACAGACCUUAUUCCAAGAUUUUGUGUAAUGUUUCUUCCGUUCUUAUGGAUUAUGAAAACAGAACUUUAGUCGAAUUUUUUUAAAAGCAGUGCAAGUGAAACCACCGAAGAAUAUCAGAGAGUGUGUCCCUAACAGUACAACUCAAAGUUCAACUAGGCGAUAAAACUAAAGAAGAAAGAAAAAGAUUUCCCGUUCAACAAGAAUAAUUUAAUAAAAAGUGUUUUAAUUGCAACUACAUAAAUAAAGUGGCCAUCAUUUAAUUGUUUUCAAUUGAAGUACAAAACAAGCAAAUGUCCCAACCCAUAGAAACAACAUUAAGUUAGAACUUUGCCAAAUUGUCCCCUAAGGAGGAAAUGAUACUAGUGUACACAGACUAUGAAACACAUAAUGUAACAUAUAUGAUAUGAUCAAACUUAAGCAGUUUUCUAAUGCUAAGCGACAUUAACUGCAAUAUACCUACCAGAAAUAUAAGUUAUAUUAAAAGCUUUAAUCAAAGCCAAGCUUUUUGUGAUAAGUGCGCGUGCGCGUGUCAGUGACUGCCUAAACAUCAUUGUUGCCCAGUGUAAAAGAGCGUCCGUCAGUUGUACGUGACCGGCCGCCUUCACUACAUUCAAUUUUAAUAUUAAUCAUCAGAAUCACCACGAUCAACCCAACAUGGAAGUGUUAACAGUACAAAGUCAGUUUACCGACCAGCACUUUAGUGAUAUUACAGCCACCAGAAUACAAAAUUGGUCAAGAUCUUUAAGCAAUAACACACAGGAACAACAAAAUCAGCACCAUCAACACCACAACCAUAAUCAUCAUUUUCAUCAGCAUGAGCUGCCACAAAGCGAGGAACAAAUUGACUGUGAUAGCAUCGAUGCGUCUGCAGUGAAUGAACUUUCACAGCGUCUACUCACCGAAUUGCGCGCAGCCAAAACGCGUAAUCUCACCUGCACCGAAGUCUCAUUACCCAGUGAUCUCACCCAACGCAUAGCCACCGAUAUAGUUCGUGUAUCAGAGCGUGAACCAUGUGGUAUACGCGGCUGCACCGUUUUUGUUGAAUACGAGGAGGAAGCCAAUAGUCUUAAGCGCAUAGCCAAGCUGAAAUUGGACCAGGAAAUGGUAUCGACUUUCGAGGUAUAUCUAACCCUGCGCCAAGACAAAAGGGGCUGGUCGGCUUUGUUGCCACAGUUUAUCAAGGGUCUUUCGCGCACGAUAACCAUUAGUCCCGACUAUACGAUUAUCAAGCGCAAGCUCUACUCGCAUGACAGCAAUUGAGCAGAGUAUUAAGCCUUUGUAGAAACAAAGUACCAUAAGCAAACAAGAGACAAAACUUAGUAGUGAUAGAGCUUGGCAAAGCGAAAGAGACAAUGUGGGCGAAUGAGGAGCUGCAUAGUAAGAUCCGUGUUGUGCAAUCUUAUGGAUAUAGUGCCCACUAUUGCUUCUAUAUUGGAAGCGUUAAGUAUUGUGAAAAACUAUCCCAGUAGCAACGAUCGAUUUAUGUAUCCUGCGAUUCGGUUAGUUAGAUGAAGCUCAUUAAAUGAGCAAAAAAAAAAAAGCAUCAAAUACAUGCAAAAAUAUGCGUAAUAAUUAAUUUUUUAAUUGGUUAACACAAAACAGAAAGUAUUGUGAAUUCAUCAUCCCACCUUUACUCACCACUGUUAUAAUCAUAAAAGUUCUCAAUCUGUGUUUAAUGUUUAUGAUUCUUAUUUAUUUAAGAAAUAUUUUUUUUUUGUAAUUGCAACGUAUGUGUGUGUCAAAAAUACACAACUAGCCGGCAAACAGAUCGCCAGAUGUAGGGACGUCUGGGCAGAUAUCACGGCCGACACACUGACGCAAUGUUCGGUAUAAAUACAAUAUGUACAUUUCAGUUUAAAGUGAUUUCUGUUUUCGUUCUUUAAUUGCCAUGGUUUUAUGGCCCAUGCCCAAUCAGAGUUCUCCUGCACACCAUGUGGGUACUGCUCAGAAACAAAAUGAGGAUAAAGAAACACUGUAAGAAAUUUGUAUCGAACCGACAGCCAAUUCGUAAAAUAAGAAGUAAAAAGUAAAGUGAAAAAAUAUAAUAAAUUAAGAAAACCUAACGAAAAUUGUGAUACUGAUUAAGUUUUUUAGUUGUAAAGUACUAAUAAACUAAAAGCAAGAAAACAAAAAGAGGAAGUAAAUCUAAACAAAACAAAUAGCGUUCAUAAAUUAUUAACGGAAAAAUAAUAAAAAUAUUUUGCUGGCAAAAUUGCAGUUUAAUCCAGUUAUCGAAUGAUCCCACAUCGACCACAUCGACCACAUCGACUACCUUCUCUCCCACCCCUAUAGGGAUCUUUGUAUUUUUUUUCCCAUUUAGAAUACACCAAAUAUGGUCUAUGAUUUCCAGUAAUUUCGCUCCGAAAAACCACUGAAAAUAAUAA